AUGUCGACGAGUAUCAUCGGCGGUGAUUCGAAAAUUACAGGGCAAAAUGAGAUUGAUUUUGUUGAAUGCGAUUGCUGUGGAUUGACAGAGGAAUGCACCCUGUCUUAUAUAGAGACUGUGCGCGAGCGUUAUAAAGGAAAAUGGAUUUGUGGGCUAUGCUCAGAGGCAGUGAACGAUGAAGUUUUACGUUGCGAAAAGCAAAAGUUGAUAAGCCCAGAUGAGGCUAUGGCUCGCCAUUUCAGCUUCUGCAACAAAUUUAGGUUCGCCGGGCCACCGCCGGACCCAACCCAGCAUCUGAUCACUGCUAUCAGACACGUAUUGAGAAAGAGUUUGGAGAGUCCCAAGUUGAUGAGGUCGAUGCCAAGUAGUCCCUCGAAGAAUGUUGACAAGAAACUCGCCGGGUUGACUCUGUCGGAGAGCUGUAUUCCGAGUCUGUCCUUGGUCGAUGCAUCAGUUUGUUGUGGAAUGGAUGAAGAUUGUGAAUAG